CGAAGACGCGCUCUGGGCGGGAGAAGAUGGCCACGACGCCGGCGCACGCGCUCCAAUUUGAUGCAGCACCCGAGGCCAGCGCCUUCUUCUUCGGCAAUGUGCUGGGCCAAGGUUCCUACGCCAAGGUUUUCCAUGCGCAGUUGAAGAAGAGCCGCUUAGAUUUCGCCGUAAAGGUGAUGGAUCAGAGCUUUAUACGCAAGGAAAACAAGACGGCAUUCGUACUUACGGAGCGCAAGGUCAUGUCACGCCUUUCACACCCAAACAUCGUCAAGUUCUACUGCAGCUUCCGCGACCAUCACAGCUUGUACUUGGUUAUGGAGCUGUGUCGCGGUGGUGAUCUCUUCGGACUUAUCAGUCAGGAGUAUCAAAACCAACAGGAGCAAGGCGUGUCAGAUGCAGCGUGCUCUUUCGAACUCACGCAAUUCUACAUGGCAGAGCUAAUCAACGCAUUAGAGUAUAUGCACUCUCAGCAUGUCAUUCACCGAGACAUCAAACCUGACAACCUACUCCUCAGUAAGCACGGACACCUUAAAGUGACUGAUUUUGGCACUGCAAAGGAUCAAGAUGGGGAGAGUAGUGACGUAUGCCAGUUUUGCGGCACGGCCUCAUACGUGUCUCCGGAAGUUUUGCACGACAAACCGGCCUCACGAGCAGCCGACCUAUGGGCUGUGGGCUGCUUGAUCUUUCAGAUGUUCACCGGGCGUGCUCCGUUCGUUGGAGAGAACGAUUAUCUUACUUUUCAAGUGAUUAUUAAUCACUCGAGCGAUGAAUUCGAGUUUCCAAGUAGCGUCCCGGAAACCGCGCAAGAUCUGAUCCGCAAACUCCUUGUCCAGGAACCAGACGAACGUAUUGGAGCUCAGCAGAACGAAGAAGGUUACGCCGAGCUGAAGAAUCACCGUUUUUUUGAAGGCAUCGAUUGGAACACCAUUGUCGAUCAAACCCCACUGUACAACCCUCCGAAGCUUGAUCUGCCAGAGCCAAAGCUGGAUGGCGCUUCAGAAAACUGGACAGUCGCCGAGUACUUUUCAGACGAUUACUCUGAGAGCACAUCUGACGAAUUCAGCAAGCGUUCGCGGAAUAGCAGCUCGCUCCAGAGAAAUCGACCUGCUUGUAUCGGCUAUGACGAGCAGAUCCGCUUCGAAUCCACCGUGAAAGUCCGCUCCAAGAUGUUUAACCGCACUCGAGAUCUCUACCUCACAGACGCCCCCCGAUUGAUCGUAAUCAGUGCGUGGUCCGGCCGCUUUAAACGCGAGCUUUUCCUUACUCCAGAUACUACUGUGAACGAAAUUGAUCCCCACACGUUUGACGUCGUAACGCGGUCAGAAACGAUUCGAAUUACGGACUCGAACAACCUGGCACAGCAGUGGGCGCGUGCCAUUUUGGAAGCCGUCUCAGAAUAG